UGGGUCCACGCUGGAGGAGCUCAGAGUAUACAGAUCUCGCCACAGUGAAACAUCUAGACAACACAACUCAAACUGAAAUAAACAAGACAACUGUUCGGCUCUGCGCUGUGUGUCCUCUGACAUCUGUGGAAGAGCGUUCUGUCCGCGUGAAGAAGAGCUCGGGACGCGGUGCGAGAACUUUUACGCAAUGGAAACUACUUUCUACGAUGACUCUCUAAACAGCGCUUUCUCUCAGCAUGACAGCGCUGCUUUUGGAUACAACCACAAGACUCUGAAACACAACAUGACGCUGAAUCUGAUCGAGCCCUCCGGCAACAUUAAGCCCCACCUGAGGGCCAAAGCUAACGACAUCCUCACCUCCCCGGACGUGGGGCUGCUCAAACUGGCUUCGCCGGAGCUGGAGCGGCUCAUCAUCCAGUCCAGCAACGGCCUGGUCACUACAACGCCGACCCCGACCCAGUUUCUGUGUCCCAAGAACGUGACGGACGAACAGGAGGGCUUCGCGGAGGGCUUCGUGAGGGCACUGGCCGAGCUGCAUCACCAGCACAUGCCCAACGUCACGUCGGCUCCCCAAACAACCAUCAGCAACAGCAUUGCACCCGUGUCUUCCCUGGCAGGCGGCGCGGUGUACAGUUCCUCCAUGCGCUCCGACCCGCCCGUGUACGCGGACCUGAACACUUUCAACCCCGCCAUCAGCACCGCCAACCCCGCGAUGAACUACACGAGCGCCCCGCCGCAGCACACCGUGAACACGCAGCUGCCCGUUCAGCACCCGAGGCUUCAGGCGCUAAAAGAGGAGCCCCAAACGGUGCCGGAGAUGCCCGGCGAGACCCCACCUCUCUCCCCCAUCGACAUGGAGAACCAGGAGCGGAUUAAAGCCGAGAGAAAGCGCAUGAGGAACCGGAUCGCCGCAUCCAAAUGCCGGAAGAGGAAACUGGAGAGGAUCUCCCGGCUGGAGGAUAAAGUCAAGACCCUGAAGUCCCAGAACUCCGAGCUGGCGACCACCGCAAACAUGCUGCGCGAGCAAGUGGCCCAGCUCAAGCAGAAAGUCAUGAACCACGUCAACAGCGGCUGCCAGCUUAUGUUAACGCAACAGCUGCAGACGUUCUGAGAAGAACCGAAGGACAUUUGAGUUCACUUCACUAGAUGCAAGGGACAAACUUCAAGGGCUAAAUGUCUGCGAGCCCGCGCGGCUGCUGGCAUUGGCCCGCUAGGACCGGGAGUGUCCGGCCGGCCGCGUGCCGUAAAAGGAUGUUCUGGCUGGACUUUUGGGGAGUGCAAAACUUCACCAACUCGGUCCGACAGAGACAGCAACAUAGAGCAUGAGACUCUGUUACACAUUUUAAGAGACUUAUCCUUGUUCACUUGGACCGGGUUGCGCAUGGACCUGCGCGCUUCAAAGGAGCGCUCAGUCUUAGGAGGAAAACAGGGGAUGUGACAACAGGGAUACAAUGUCUGGCUCACCAAGCAGGGAGAUGUGUCCGCGAAACUUUUGAUAAAAGCUGCCUGACUUCUGAGUCACAUGUUGUCCUCUUUUUUUUUUUUUUCUUAAACUGAAUGUAAUUGACUUUUUCUUUGAGUUAGUCCAACAUGAGCAGUUUCUUUUUUUCUGAAAAAGUUCAUUAUUGAGGUUUCACUCAUUUUUAUUUGUAAAUAAGAUCAACCAGGAGUACUUAAGUUUACCAUUUGUACAAUAUCAUUUUUUUAUGUUUUCUGAGCACCUCAGAAACGAAUCAAUAUUUAUGAACUGUAAUAAAGUAUGUCAAACGAAAAA